UCAAUUUUUUAAGAGAUCCAACAUCAUCAUCAUCAUCCAACUUGGAGCGCUUCCAGCAACGAACUAGAACUACAAAAGAGGGACGACGUGUAUCGUAGAAGGUCGUUUGGGUGUCAUUUAGGGGUUAUCGUCUAAUUCAAUAAAAUCACAUAAAAUUUAUAAAUUUUAAUUUUCAAAAUAUAAUUUAAAUUGUGUCAAUUAAUUGAUUUUUUAAAUUUCAAAAUGUUGCCACGUUUUAUUAAACCUGCAGUUAUUGCUCAAGGAGCUAAACAAUUAUCAACCAGCACUCAGCGAAAUGCCAAAGUCGCUGUCAUGGGAGCCAGUGGUGGUAUUGGACAACCAUUAUCACUUUUGCUAAAGCAAUCACCUCUUGUAACAGAAUUAUCUCUUUACGAUAUUGUCAAUACUCCUGGUGUUGCUGCUGAUCUGUCCCAUAUCGACACCCACUCAAAAGUUAAGGGUUUCACUGGUCCUGGAGAACUGAAAGAUUCCCUCCGAGGUGCUCAGGUUGUCAUUAUUCCUGCUGGUGUUCCUCGUAAACCGGGAAUGACCCGUGAUGAUCUUUUCAAUACCAACGCAUCAAUUGUAAGAGAUUUGGCAGUAGCUAUUGCUGAAGUUGCUCCAAAAGCUUUCGUCGCUAUUAUUUCAAAUCCUGUUAACAGCACAGUACCUAUUGCCAGUGAAGUUUUACAAAAAGCUGGUGUUUAUGAUCCAAACAGAGUUUUUGGAGUAACCACAUUAGAUAUCGUUAGAUCUAAUGCCUUCAUUGCUGAAGCUAAGGGUUUGGAUCCUCAAAAAGUUUCAGUACCAGUAAUUGGUGGUCACAGUGGUAUUACUAUAAUUCCUGUUAUUUCGCAAGCUAAACCAAGUGUCUCAUUCCCAGAUGACAAACUUAAAGCACUUACUGAAAGAAUUCAAGAAGCUGGAACAGAAGUUGUUAAAGCUAAAGCUGGAACUGGUUCAGCUACUCUAUCAAUGGCGUAUGCUGGUGCUCGUUUUGGUUUUUCAUUAAUUCGGGCACUCAAUGGUGAACAAAAUAUCAUCGAAUGCGCUUACGUCAGAUCUAAUGUUACUGAAGCCAAAUAUUUUUCAACUCCUGUUCUUCUUGGCAAAAAUGGAGUAGAAAAGAAUCUUGGCCUGGGAAAACUGAGUGCUUUUGAAGAAAAAUUGUUGGCUGCAGCAAUUCCAGAGUUGAAGAAAAAUAUCCAAAAAGGUGAAGACUUUGUAAAUAAAAAGUGAACAUCUUUGUAAUCAAAUAAUAGAUUAUUGACACACGUAAUUAAUAUACGUCUCAAUUAAAAAAAAAAAAAUUAUAAACAAUUCGUAAAUAAAAACCCAAUUCGCAUCCUAAAAAAAAAAAUAAAUAAAAUUUCGCAUUUACUGCAAUUAGUGCGAGUCAUAAGUAUCAUAAUGUGAAAUAGUACAAUUGAAUGAAUAAAUGAAUAAAACGAUAAAUAUA